AUGGUGGUGGGUGCUCACACAAAAUAGCUCGCUUAGUUUUUAUUUAGCAAAACUGGCUAGUUACAGCAGAUUUCCAGUACUCACGGAUUGUUUUUUCAUCACUCAUUAUGCACUUCAGAAGGGUGUGACCGAUACUAUUCAUUUGAGCCGUCGCUGUUUAUCAAGAUGAACUCAUCUUCCAUGGCAGCAUUUCACUGAUGGAGACACAUUCUGCACAUUAGCUAACGUUAGCUGGUUAGCCGAAUCAUUGUCGCCAUGGCACGGUAUGUGUUAUAUGUCUUUAGUUUAAUAUGCAUUGGACAAGCACUGGGAGAUUCAGGUUUUGCACAUCUGGAUGGCGCGCCGCCUUCUAAAAUAGCCAUUAUCGGUGCUGGAAUCGGCGGAACCGCAACGGCACAUUUUCUGCGGCAGCACUUCGGGCCAGAAGUACGAAUUGACAUGUUUGAAAAGGGAACCGUCGGUGGUCGACUGGCUACCGUGACCGUUAAUCAGCAAGACUACGAAUCUGGUGGAUCCAUCAUUCAUUCCCUCAAUCUACAUAUGCAGGACUUUGUGAAGCAGCUAGGGCUGAAGUAUCGUAAGAGUGUUGCGGGCAAGACGGCCGUGUUCAAUGGCAAAGAGUUUAUUCUUGAGGAGACUGACUGGUACUUGCUGGACCUCUUCCGCCUGUGGUGGCGCUAUGGUAUCAGCUUCAUCCGCCUGCAGAUGUGGGUGGAGGAGAUCAUGGAGAAAUUCAUGAGAAUCUAUAAAUACCAGGCCCAUGGCUAUGCCUUUAGCUCGGUGGAGGAGUUGCUGCUCUCCUUGGGGGGUUCAGGGUUCCUCAACAUGACGCGUCGCUCUCUGUCUGAGUCACUGUUGGAGCUGGGUGUGUCCCAGCGCUUUAUUGACGAAGUCAUAGCCCCUAUUAUGCGGGUCAAUUAUGGCCAGAACAUCAGUAUCCCAGCAUUUGUUGGUGCUGUGUCCCUGGCCGGAGCUCAGGCUAAUCUAUGGGCAGUGGAAGGAGGGAACAAGCUGGUUUGCUCUGGACUGCUCAAACUAGCAAAGGCCAACCUCAUCCAGGCACAAGUCAUUACCAUCUCUCUCGAGUCAGCAGGUGAAUCCUACCAGUAUGAGGUCACGUAUACUACUCAGACUGAGAAGGCAUCCGAUCUCUAUGACAUCGUAGUAGUAGCUACCCCUCUCCAGCAAAAUGUCAACUCGGGCAUCUCCUUCCAAGGCUUUGAACCCCAGUUACCAGAGAUAGCUGGCUCCUACCAUCAGACUGUGGCCUCCAUUAUCCAUGGCUACCUCAACUGUAGCUACUUCAGCUUCCCUGACCCCAAGCUCUUCCCCUUUGCAAGCAUACUGACUACGGACACACUAGGACUGUUCUUUAACAGCGCCGCCAGCGUAUGUCCUGUCAACAUCAGUGCUGGUUUCCGCCGCAAGCAGCCACAGGAGGCCGGAGUCUACAAGGUCUUCUCGCCCAAGCCCCUGGAGAAGCAUGAGCUGAAGACCCUGUUCAAGUCGUACUAUUCAGUGCAAGUUACAGAGUGGCAGGCAUACCCGCACUAUGGGAGCGCUCAGGACCUGCCACCAGUGGUGAUGCACGACAACCUCUACCACCUCAACGGCAUCGAGUGGGCUGGAAGCGCCAUGGAGAUGAGCUCCGUGGCAGCCAAGAACAUUGCACUGCUGGCUUACCACCGCUGGAACAGGCAGCUGGAGAUGAUCGACCAGAAGGACCUUAUGCACAAGAUCAAGACUGAGCUGUGACGCAGCCUGGUGCUACAAAGGGAGAUGAACAGUUGGCAGCAACAGGCUGGAAACAUCUGAGUGUUGAGCUACAGCGGUUUUAUGUCUCUAACUGAGCUGAGACCACAGAUUUCAACUGUUUGUAUGUAGCUUUUCUUUCCCUAGUAAUAAAACAAAAUCAAUUGACUUCAAGAAACAAGUUGCAAAAUCAAAGGCAAAAUUAAUUCUCAUGGAUAAAGGAACAAACUUCAGAGUACCAGAGCUUUUGGCCACAAUGAAGAAGAAGUAAGGAAUAGUGUGGUCAGGUGCUCUACUGUAGAACCAUUUCAGCAGGCAGAAACUGGGAGGUACCAUGAUCGCUUGACCUGAGAAGCUCAUCGCCUCUGAAGUGUAAAAUGCAAAGUUGGAUGGCACUUGAGUGAACUAUGCAGAAUUUUUUACUUUUGGGACAUGGACAGGUAUGUCUGAUACAAAAUUCCAGCCAUUCCAAGGGUAAUGCCAAUUUUCAUUUCAUAAGAUGCUCAAUAGUCUGUUUAAAAAUACUGGUGUAUUUGAGUCAUUGCUACUAUGAAUAAAGGUCGAUACACAUAUGUCAGAUUUUCAUUUUCUGUAGAUAGUUGCAGGUAUUCUUUAGAUAAUUGUAUUAAUGUUUCACCAUUUAGGUGACAAUUUGAAUUCCAUUACUGAGAAGAUAACAGGACUAAUACAUUACUAUUCACAAUCAUGCCACAGGCCAGUUACAGUGUGUAUCUGUACAGUAAUUAUAUGAAUCCAUGUUAUAUUUUGGUAAAAUUAGUCAUGAAAUUCUGCUCACACUUUAAUACUGACUUAUUUUAUGGAGUGGAGCCACUUAAACUAUGUGUAGAUAUUAUAUAAAAUUAGUAGUAUGAUUAUGCAUAUUUAAUCUGGAUUAUUUAAAAUACGUUCGUCAUUAACCGUUAUUACUUUGUAGUAACCAAAAUUCGUAUUAAACAAAACCCUUUUCAGGUAGACUCGCUAAAACAAAACUCGUUAUAUAUGAUGUCACUAAACUGUUAGAACACCUGGAAGUUAAUUCUAUUAUACCGAAUUUUGUUCGCGAAUUAGCCUCAUAUUUUAAUUAAAUAUCAGGUACAAAUCAUGAGAAAAUGUCUGAGCGGUCUUUAGCCACAUCAAUGAUUAUAGUCGCUUUGUUUUGUUGAUUGGUUGUGGAGUUGUCCCGUUGUUAAUUUCCAAAGGGCUUGCGUGAACGAUAACUUUUUUCGAGCUCAGUGUAGCGUAUAAGUUUACCAUAAGGAAAACAUAACUGACGCAAAGGAUGUCGAUUUGUGCAAAAGUCGAACCCUGAUUUUCACCACUGAUUGAUUACUAGGACUCACACUCUAGCUACUUGUUAACUAUACAGAGUUUAGAUCUACUGUUAUCGUUUUCUUUUAAGUAAAAAUGUACUUUUUAAAAGCCUAUUUUCCCCUGUGUUAUUAUCGUGACUGUAGUCCUUUUUCGCACACGCAGGGCUAAAAUUACGUUGAACGGAACAGGUGUAAUAAUUUCGUUAUGUAAAACAGCAGUGGGGAUAUAACAGGAUUCUGGUCAUUGAUGGGGAUAUAACAGGAAAUUGCUUCCCACAAACAAUAUUUGGUAUAUUACCUUAUUCACAAAUAUAUUUUCUUUAAAUGUUACAAUACAAUACAAAAUGUUAAUACAAACUGUAGAAAGUGAGAAUUAUUAACAAACUCUACCUGUCCUACUUCGGAUGAGCGAUAGAGGGCGAAACUUGCAGAUGUGGAUAUUUCUUCCCCCUCAUCCUGUUUUCUCUGCCAAAGCCUGUGGAGAAAUAUAAAAGGCUUUUGUAUUACACUGCUGUGAGAAUCCAGUGUGAUUCUCAAGAGGAUAAAGUUGGAGACCUUUGUCACAAGUAAAAUAUUUUUAAGAUGAACACAUUGUGAGCUAGACACCCAAAUCUCCUGGGAAUGUCGAAAGCUGUCUUUGUACAUAUAAAGCUAGCAUGUUUAGCUUUUUUCCCCUUUGGAUGUAAAUUGAAACCUGCUUGUAGUAGUUCUUAGUUUUAUUCUGUAUAGAGCUAAAUUAUGCAUAAACGUUAUCUUAUGCUGUUG